CUUCGUUAUCGGCACAGUCAAUAAUUACUUUAUUGCUGAAGAUUGUGGUUCUGCUACUUGGUUCCAGUUGGAUGCGGUGAACUUUGUAACGGCAUUUUAGUUGUUACAAUUGUUCAAUGUUUACGCCUCUGUGCAUGGUAGUUUUUCACCCAUCGUUAUAGUGUUAUUUACGUCCUUGCUUUUAGGGUAAACAGUUACAAACAAUAGCGAUGGAUAUCGUUAUCAAACUGAACAGCCAAACGGUUGGAAAAGACAAAAUUGCAAGAUUGUGUCAAUAUUCCUGCCGCGCGUUAUGGGCCAGCAAAGAAGGAUCGGAAUCGAUCGAAACGAUUAAAUUGUUGAAACACAUUGAAAGCAUUUUAAGUUCAUUUCGGAAACUGUUACGCUUUGGAAAAGGUUUUGAAGUAUUGUACGGUGCUAUCGGGAGUCUAAAGUCCAAAGAGCAUUUCGACCAUCUGUUUAUUGUGCUGGGAAAGCUUGCGUCGGGGUUGUUUCUGUUAGCCGACCAUGUCGUAUGGCUAUCACGGUCCGGAAUAAGCAAAGGCAUCAACACAAACAUGUGGGUUGAUCGUUCGAAUCGCUUUUGGUUAAUUUCGAUCCUUUUCAACCUAUGCCGGGAUGCGCAGGAACUGUACCGGCAGUUUGUGUACUACAGCCGGUCAAACGUUCGUAAUCUACAAAGGAUGUUAUAUGCAUUGUAUCGCGAAAACAAGCCGCUUCUCGUCGACAUCGUCAAGAACGCUUGCGACGUGUUCAUUCCGCUUAACGGGCUGGGAAUCGUGACUAUGUCGAACCAAACCAUCGGCAUGCUGGGAGCAAUUUCUUCCAUUAUGGGCUUGUUACCGUUACUGUAUCCAAGGUUAAAGUUUUAGCGACGAAAUUUUGUAAAAUACAACGGUGAACGGUGCUAAAUGUGGUGUGGUGCAGAUGAAAUCUACUUGCAGCUGUAAAGAAGGUAUAUUUACUCAGGCGUGGGACAAUUUUGUAAAACUAUUUUUCACGAACAAAUACAUAGUUUGAUACCGACAUA